AUGUUCUACGAACACCCUCACGACCCCUCAAUCUCCAACUUCGAAUACGCAAACUUCCUCGCUCUGUCCGAUUUGAUAUCUACCCGUAACAUCGCCUGCGAGUGGAACACUCAACCAGGUAUCCGCGGCCUCUACUCUGACGAAGAAGUAACCCUAGCCCACCAUGCCGUAACAACUCUCCAACAAACCAAUCCUCCCCUUGGCAGAAUGUGUAGGGUAGUGGACACAGCAGAUGAAUUACAGAGACUGGGGUUAGCGGUGCCAGAAGCAAAGGGCGCUGUAGUAACAGACGUGGCAGCAAGACUCUGGCCCUACAAGCUCGUAACCAACAUCUGGGAGCCUGUCCUCGCUAACCCUUGCUUAAACCUCCAAACCCACACGCCGGUCCUUUCCAUCUCUCCCUCUGGUAAUGGCAACUGUAACCUCCACACAGACAGAGGAAUCGUGGAAACGAACAAAGUGGUCUUGGCUACUAAUGCAUACACCUCUCAUCUUUUGCCUUCCAUGGCCGAUUUGAUCGUUCCUUGCAGAGGUCAAAUGUCUGCUUUACUGCCUGGAGAAGCAUUCUCUGGUUCCUCUAGGACCCGAACAAGUUAUGCAUUCAUAGGCCCGAAGAUGGAUGAUUAUCUUAUCCAAAGACCCGAUGAGUCUUCUGCUCACCUCAUGUUUGGCGGUGGAAGGAGUUAUGGUCCGAGUCUAGAAAUCAGCGAUGAUGGCGAAGUAGAUGAGAAUGUUGCAAAGUAUCUGCGUACUGCACUGCCUCGAUUGCUUCUUCCUGGUGAAGGACAGAAAGGGGAAGAAGAACUCAAGGCAACUCACGAGUGGACAGGCAUCAUGGGCUUCUCGCGCGAUAACUUGCCUUGGGUAGGCGAGGUUCUAGACCACAAAGGUGUCUUUGUCGUUGCUGGAUACACAGGUCAUGGUAUGCCUAAUGCCUGGCUAUGUGGAAAGAGUGUGGCGACCAUGGUGCUUGGGGACAAUACAGACAUGGCUGUAGAGAGGGCUGUGGAAGAAGGCUUACCUAGAGCAUAUCUUCUGAACGAGGAACGCGUCAACAGAGCUCGUAAGCUGGACACUGUAGAGGCGCAGGACGAAGACCACAUGUUUAAAGCGGAAGUCAUCGCUGAGGCGUGA